UGAAACUGGUGUGUUGACAAAUAUCGGGGGAGGAGCACUGCGGCUCUGGCUGUGGGAGCGAGUGAAGGCGGUCUCCUCGUCCAACACCUUCGCUAGAAAUGAAGAGCCAACAGAAAAGCCCCGAACCAGACGGAAGUGUUACCGUCAACGAGGAAGGGUCUGUAGCUACAGCUGAGGAUCCAGCAGCCAUUGCUACCAUUCAGUCUGCUGCCACCUUCGCUGACCAACCCAUCAAAUAUCUCUUCAAGACAGAAGGAGCAGGAGGGCAGGUGACCUACAGAGUGAUCCAGGUGUCAGAUGGCCAGUUGGAGGGUCAGACGGAUGGAGCUGCAGCCGUCAGCCUGGUCGCUGGUUUCCCUGCCACCACUCAGGCUGUCACACAGGCAGUCUUUUCCCAGUCAGAGGGGUUGGAGGGAGAUGGCAGCACUGAGACACAGUACACCUACUACCCUGCCACCAUAGCAGACGCCACCACCGGCACCAUGGUAACCACAGUGCAGGCGUCUGACACACUGCUGGGUCAGACCACACCCACAGGUCAGCUUUAUGUUAUGAUGUCACCCCAGGAGGUUUUGACGGGAUCUAAUCAACGGACAAUCGCACCUCGCACUCAGCCAUAUAUCGCAAAGCAGGAGGCUCCUCGGGCCUCAAGAGAUGAGAAACGACGAGCGCAGCACAACGAAGUUGAGCGCAGGCGCAGGGACAAGAUCAACAACUGGAUUGUGCAGCUUUCAAAGACCAUCCCAGACUGUAACGUUGACUACACCAAGACAGGACAGAGUAAAGGGGGGAUCUUGUCCAAAGCCUGCGAUUACAUCAAGGAGCUUCGACAGAGCAAUCUGAAGCUGGGGGAAGAUAUCAGUGUUCUGGAUCGUCUCAGGAUUGACAACCAGCUACUCAGACAGGAGGUAGAAGACUGGAAGUCCAAGAAUCAGAUCCUGAGAAAUCUUUUGCGACAGCAUGGCAUUGUGGGAUCAUCCACCACAGACUCCCAGUAGAAGCCUGUUGCCAUUGGGUAUUUGAAGGCAACCACACAUGGGCCAAAAGAAUACUUGAAAUGCAUUUAGAUACUUUAUAUGUGAUCGAACGUGCAUGAAAUAGGGGAAAAUAACUGAAUAUUGUCAUUAAUAUUCAAAUCCAACUUCUUUGCUAAAUGACACCCUUAAAAGUUGUUUUUGAAGCUUUUUACAACAUUGCAAAGUUUUGCUCUGUAUUUACAGUACAAUCAUGAUAAUGCAGAGAGGAAAAAAUCUGCUUCACAAGUCACAUUGGUUUAGCAAAGCCCUCAUUGAAUGCCUUCCUCAACAAACAUUCUGAUUGUUAGUAAGCGUCCAGUACAGUAAGCUCGAAAACAUGACCAGCUUCUCAUGUUCCCUUUCUUUUCCUAACCUCUGAGGUGUGUACUACGAAGCAAGGUUAAUGGCCAGAGUUUUCAGUAUCAUGAAGAUGGCUGUCUUUGAACCUGCUAAAUUACCGUGGUAACUGGUGCUGCUCCUGACCUGAGCAGGAUGAUGUUCUGUUCUGUGUUGGAUUGCUGCGGGCUGUAAAUCACAUCAUCCUUUCACUACCUGAUCCUCUUUGAGUGAUACAGAUCAUCAGCUGAGAAUAUCUGCUCAGUGCCCUGAAUGAAGCCCUGCAGUUACAGUAUUGCAUACUGUAUGUGUUGUGUUGCUAUGGGAACCUACACACAUUCAGUUGGUGCGGAUGCAGAAAAAACUUAAAGUUUUAUUUUUGAUCCUAAUUUGCUGUCCCAUCUGCAGCUAAUAGAUGACAAAAUUACUAAGUUUAUUGGUAUUUAUCACAAAGACAAUUGUAUCAGUAACAUUGAUUUCACUUGUAUUUGACCGACAACUAGAGUGAUGAUGAGACCUACAUGUACUUGUUGAGCAUCAUGUUUAAAUGAAUGAAGUUUAAAGUGAGGGUUCUAAUGUGCAGCUGUCAUGUUAGAAAUAAGCGGCAGCAUUCAUCGGUAGAAUAAAUCUUAUCAACUUACUCGAUUAUCAGAUUUUUACCCACAUUCCUCUCUUGCUUCAUUUGUAGUAACAGUGCUUUUUGUUGUAAUACAUUUUUUCUAUUCCUCACACUUCUGUAUUAUAACAGUCUGUUCCUUGUGACUCCAUUUUGUGUAGAAGAAGAGUCCGUUUUAUGGGUGCUUGCAUAGACCUUGAAGAAAGCCUGGGUCAGCAAAGAAAGUGGAAAUCCGCUAUCAUGACACCCAUUACCUGUUUAGGUCUUGUCAGUCAAACCGGCUUAUACAAAGAAAUCCUGGUUAGAUCAAACUUGCUUUGUAGCACACCUCUCUGCAGUCCUGUGCAUUUCUGUAUCAAAAACACUCUUGUUAAUGUCUCCAAACAUUGUAUUCUUUCAUUGACGUCUUCUAUCAAUAUUACUUUGACCAGUCGAUACCAAGUUUGUCAUUAAGUUCAUAGUCCUGCACAUUUUGCUUUGUAUUUUUCUAUGUUUCAUGAAGCCUCAUUGGGGACAAUAAUUGCAUUGCAACAAUGUAACUAACUAAGUACAGGAGUUGGUAAGCAUCGCAUUGUAGGUAGGCUAUGUAUGUCUUUAUAAUAAAAAAUAUCAAAUAACAUACUAUGUCAUCAGCCACUUUCAAUUGUGUUUAUUAAACUUGAUAAAUUGGUUAAACGA